CCAUUAAAGUCAUUCUUCCAAUUCCAUUACAACAACAACUUCCUUCCCUUUCUUGUCAAACCUUUGAUCCGCUGGUACAGAUCUUUUUCUCGCUUUAUCAUCUCAACAUCGGGCAUAGGAUACGACGGAUCGACGACUACUUGUAAUCCUUUGCCAAGAUGCAGAUGUUGACAAAGUUUGAGUCAAAAUCCAAUCGGGUAAAGGGCAUAGCAUUUCAUCCUAGAUUGCCUUUAUUGGCUUCAGCAUUACACAAUGGAAGUAUUCAAUUAUGGAAUUAUCAAAUGGGAACGAUUUAUGAUCGUUUAGACGAACAUGAAGGUCCAGUACGUGGUGUUGAUUUUCAUCCAACUCAACCUCUUUUGGUAAGUGGUGGUGAUGAUUAUCGUAUCAAAGUUUGGAAUCAUAAAACAAGAAGAUGCUUGUUCACCUUGAACGGACAUUUGGAUUACGUUCGUACGACAUAUUUCCAUCACACUCAACCAUGGAUUCUUUCAGCUUCAGAUGAUCAAACGAUUCGUAUUUGGAACUGGCAAAGUCGUUCAUGCAUUGCUAUCCUUACCGGUCAUAACCAUUACAUCAUGUGCGCUCAAUUCCAUCCUCGUGAAGACUUGAUCGUCAGUGCUUCAAUGGAUCAAACUGUACGUGUUUGGGAUAUCUCUGGUCUACGCAAAAAGAAUACUUCAGCACAACCAAUGAGUUUCGAAGAACAAAUUGCACGAGCAAAUACCGGACAAGCAGAUUUGUUUGGUAAUACAGAUGCAAUGGUUAAAUAUGUUCUCGAAGGACAUGAAAGAGGUGUCAAUUGGGCAACUUUCCAUCCUACCCUACCGCUCAUCGUUUCAGGUGGUGAUGAUCGUCAAGUGAAACUAUGGCGUAUGUCUGAAACGAAAGCUUGGGAAGUGGAUACGUGCAGAGGUCAUUUCAACAACAUUUCUUCGUGUCUCUUCCACCCGCGUCAUGAAUUGAUCGUAUCCGAUGGUGAAGAUAAGACGAUCCGAGUUUGGGACAUGGGCAAACGUACAGCCGUUCAAACAUUCCGCAGAGAACAUGACAGAUUCUGGGUUUUAACUGCACAUCCAAACUUGAACCUUUUCGCUGCAGGACACGACAAUGGUUUGAUCGUUUUCAAACUCGAACGUGAAAGACCAGCAUUCUCUAUUCAUCAAAAUAUUCUCUUCUACGUUCGCGAUAGGCAAGUUCGCCAAAUGGAUCUUCAAUCCGGUGCCGAUUCAGCUGUAUUGAGUGUGAAGAAAUUGGGUGGUCAAUGGACACAGCCUCGUACGCUCAGCUUCAAUCCCGCUGAGAGAUCCGUUUUAGUUUCAACCAUUAGCGGAGAGAAUGGCGUAUAUGAUCUUGCACCUUUGCCGCGUGAGGGUACAAAGGGUGAGCUGGCCGAUUCGAGUGCCGUUGGACGUCGUGGACAAGCAACAUCAGCAAUCUUUGUCGCUCGUAACCGUCUUGCUACAUUGCAAAAAGCUGCACAAACGAUCGAAGUUCGGGACUUGAACAAUAGUAUUACCAGAACGAUUCCUUGUCCUCCAAAUUCGGCCGUUACAGACAUCUUUUUCGGUGGUACAGGUAGUUUGCUUUUGAGCACAGCUACAGGAGUCUCUCUCUUGGACAUUCAACAGCAAACGGUUCUAGCGGAAGUCACAACACCGCCGGUCAAAUACAUCGUCUGGAGCAGUGAUGGAAACAUGGUCGCUUUAUUGUCUAAGCACACCAUCACACUAAGCAAUAAAGGUUUGACAACAAGCAAUUUGGUGCAUGAGACCAUUCGUAUCAAGAGUGCCGCUUGGGACGAUUCAGGCGUUUUGAUUUAUUCGACCUUGAACCAUAUCAAAUAUGCUUUGCCCCAAGGAGAUAGUGGAAUUAUCAAGACUUUGGAUGCACCCGUCUAUCUUACUCGUGUGCGCGGUAAAUCUCUAAAUAUUUUGGACAGAUCUGCAAAGCCACAAACAUUGACAAUCGAUCCUACAGAAUAUCGCUUCAAGCUUGCUUUGACUAAAGGUGAUUAUGAUGAGGUUCUUAAGAUCAUCAAGACAAGCAAUUUGGUGGGUCAAGCAAUUAUCGCAUAUCUCCAAAAGAAGGGAUACCCGGAAAUCGCACUGCACUUCGUCCAAGACAAGAGUACGAGAUUCGACCUGGCAAUCGAGUGCGGUAAUUUGGGUGUCGCUCUAGAAACUGCUGAAUCACUGAAUGCAACUGAAGUCUGGGAACGAUUGGGAGAAGCCGCUUUGAAACAAGGUAAUCACAAGAUCGUUGAACGUGCUUAUCAAAAGACAAAGAGCUUCGACAAAUUAUCAUUUCUAUAUUUCAUCACUGGAAGCAAAGAGAAAUUGGCAAAGAUGUCAGUCAUUGCCGAACGCCGUGGCGAUCCAUUGAGCAGAUUCCAAAACUCUCUAUAUCUUGGCGAUGCAACGCAACGGGUGAACGUGUUGCGUGAAGCAGGAAUGCUUGCUUUGGCCUACGCAACUGCAAAGAGUAAUGGACUGCUGGAUGUUGCGGCAGAGAUUGCCGAAGAAGCACGUCAAUCUUCCGGAAUGACGGGUAUUGAUAUGUCGAAUAGCGUCCAUGAAAGCACAUCGAAACUAGCACCACCACCACCUGUCACAGAAACAUACAAGUACAAUUGGCCAAUCGUAGGCGCACAAGAGAGCUACUUUGAUCGUGCAUUGGUUGCUCAACAAGAAGAAGGCGGUACUAUCUUCCGUGAUAAUGCUGUAAAUGGAACUGGACCUGACACCAACCAAUGGCUUGACGGAGAUGCAUUCGUGGAUGCACAAGAUGGUCAAGAUGAAGAUGGCAUUGGAAUUGCACCUUUGCAGCCGACCGUUGUUGGCGGAGGUGCAAUUGCAGCAGAAGCAGAAGAAGCAUGGGAAUUAUCCGAUGGCGAAAUUGUCAAUGAAGCAGAUGAUCCUGUCGUUGCACCUUUGCCCCUUCAUGCUCCCGCAGAAGGAUCACUUGAGCCAGGAGUGGCAGAAGCAGAACAUUGGAUUCGCAAUUCACCUUUGGCUGCCGAUCAUGCAGCAGCAGGAAGCUUUGGAUCUGCUAUGCAACUUCUUACACGUCAAGCAGGUAUUGUUGAUUUCACACCUUUGAAACCUCUUUUCCUGGAAUGCUAUCUUUCCAGUCAUGCUUAUCUACCCGGAGUGGCAAGUUUAGCCAGUAUACCGAUUGCACUACGAAGAAAUGUAGACGAAACAGCUCGUUCAGCUGUCUUGCCCGCACAAGCUUAUUCACUGGCAUCAAUUGGAACCAACGACUUGCAAGAAGCCUACAGAGCUGUGAAUGCCAACAGAUUAGAGGAUGCAGAAGUUGGAUUCCGCAAAAUUUUGUACAAGUUGAUCCUUACCGUUGGAACAAAUGAACAACAAGGACAAGAGAUUCUCGAUUUGAUCGGCUUAUGUCGUGAAUACUUGCUGGGUAUUGCAGUCGAGUUGCAUCGUCGUAAAUUGACAAUUGAAGAACCAGACAAUAUUGCAAGACAAUUGGAAUUGGCAGCCCUAUUCACACACGCACAAAUGCAAGUGCCUCAUCAACAAUUAGCAUUACGAACAGCAAUGAAUGCAGCACAAAAAGCCGGAAAUACAAAGAUGGCAGGCGGAUUUGCAAGAAGAUUGUUAGAUUUGAACCCUGCGCCUAGAGCCGCUCAAACUGCUCAACAAAUCCUAGCAAUGGCCGAUCGCAAUCCAAGAGAUGCAGUUCCUGUGACUGCUUAUGAUCCACACGACCGAGCAUUCGUCAUUUGUGCAGGAAGUCACGUUCUCAUUCCUGCUGCUGGAGCAGGUGCCGUAGAAGAUCCAUUGACGGGAGCACGUUAUAUGGCAGAAUUCCGCAAUACGGUUUGCAAGAUUUCACAAAUUUCAACUGUUGGUAGAUUAGGCAGCGGAUUGCGUACUUGGGUUUAAGAUGAUUUAUGAUGAAAAUGUAUAUCGAUUGAAUUUUUUGAAAAUGUUAUACAAUGAACGAAAAGCAGAAUGCAGUAAAAGUACAGUGUUAGAAACGGAAAUCUGCUAAACGCAAUGGAGAUGAAUCACCCUUUUCCUUGCGUCUUUGUAGCAUACUUCUUGCUUCUACGAACCAGAUUAAGACGAGGAUCAAUGAUCCGGAAAGGACCAAAGCACCACUGAAGCCAAUCAAAUGGCGGUAAUGUUCCAAAUCACCUUUCGAGCCGACCAAAGCACCACCUGUUGGCGUGC